CUCUGCCACAGCUCAGCAGAAGCAACCGCGAUCAAUCAGCCAGUCAUCGGUGUGCAUCCAUGUUGCAGGUCCGCGGAGGAGAGCAGACACCUUGCGGCAAACACUCAGCAGGAGGCUCCGGAUGAUCGCUGCCGCCGCCGCCUCAGUCCUCUCCUGAACGCUUGUUUACUUGUUGUUGCCGUUAUUUAUCCCGUUUCUCUCGAGUCCUCUCCUCCCUGAACACCGGGGGAUGGGGGAAUGAUCAGCACCGACUCCCCUCCGCCGCCUCCUCCUCCUGCUCCUCCUUCACUCGGUCUCCGUGUCCCCUGUCAGUCGUCGGAGCUGUGGCCAGGAUGCGGGCCCCGCUGCUCGGCCAGGCUGCGGUGUUUGCGGCCCUGUUGGCGCUGAGCACCUGCUUGACAGGAUCUCAUCUGUGCCCUCGGAGCUUAGACUGUGCCCGGGCGGGACGGCACUUCUGCCAGCCAGGCAGCUCCCACUGUGGGCCCUGCCUGCGCCCGCUGGUGGAGAACUCCCAUGGCCGCUGUGUGGUCAAGAGGAGGCAUGCCCCUCAUUCUGCCUCGUCCAUUAAAGGUAAGGUGAACGCUUACCCCGAACUGGAUGAGGAGAUUGACUUUCUCUCUGCCAUCAUCAGUGAGCAGAGAACCGAAUCCAGGCUGCCAGCUCCGCCCUCCCAGGAUGUGUCUAAACCUAAAUCCAAGCAGGUCGGUGUGCCCGGCCCCACACACAGAGCAUUUACCACAGAGCAGGCCAUGAGCCAGAGCGUCCCAUUCACCAGCGUGGCUCCACUCACCACCGCCGCCAUAACCAACCACACCCCUGCUCUGCUCAGCGACCCCAUCAUCCUCCCCUACCCCUCUAAUGACCGUGUCUUCAUCAUCAUGAGCAGCGCCUUUAUCGUGGCAGGUUCGCUUGCUUUGAUCGUAGCAGGGGCCUGUUGGGUCAGAUUGCAGAAAGGUGUGCGUCUAACUCAGAAGGUGAGCUACCCUGUAUAUGGACUGAUGAGAGCCCAAACCUUUGACAAUUUGCCUGGGGACAAGAAGCUGGCCCACAGUGCCCAAAUGUACCACUACCAGCACCAGAAGCAGCAGAUGCUCUCCCUGGAGAAACACAGGGAUGAGCCAAAAGUUCCUGACUCAGGAGCAUCGACAGAUGAGGAGAACGAGGACGGAGAUUUCACAGUGUACGAGUGUCCUGGAUUGGCACCCACAGGGGAAAUGGAGGUGAAGAACCCGCUGUUUGAUGACUCCACCCUUUACUUUCAGAGGUUCCACAAAUAAACCUGGACAUUGAGAUGUUUCACCCUCCAAAUGCAGCACUUGUGUGUAGUCGAAUUUACACACAUACACACACUUCACAUACACUGCUGUGCUCAAGCCUUCUAAUGGACAGGAUGGGGAGUGUAAAGUACAUGGAGGAGAAAGAGGAUGAGGAGUGAGGUGUUCAUGGACAUUUAAAGAACAUCAAAGGGCUGGUUUGUUGUUUGAAGCAGGACUGAAUCUGGGACCAAUUUCUCCCAUUCUGCAUCCACAGUCUGUUUUUAUUUCAUGUCAUCACCUUUUUUUCCCCUGUUUUUGUUCCCAAAAUUACAAUCAGCCAAUAUUGAAGAACUCAAAAUGCCUAUCAGGUGGCAGACUGGCAUAUUGAAUAUAAUUUCCUGUGUUGAGUCCAGUACAAGGACAGUUUUCUGAUGCCACUGAGCUACAACUAAGUAUUUCUAUCAGUUCAUUGAUAGAUUUUCACAAAUAUACUCCUUAAUUCAUUGAGUUCUCACUGCAGGCUUUGGUUUCAUUUAAGUAUUUUUUAAAAGAAUUGUGAUUUUAAUAUUUCCUGAACUCAACCCCAUGCAGCACCGUGCUCUUUAUCAGUAUGUUAUGUAGCCAUCGUGUUCUCAGUCUAGUUCCUCUAUGCAUGAAUUGAUGAUGCUGUUAUGAAACCUGAGAGUCAAUAUGCAUUUACACUUCUUACAAGUUUCUUGUGCAAACUUGCUACUGAUAAUUUUAUAUAUAUAUUUAUAUAUACAUAUAUAAAAUAUAUAUAUACAUAUAUAUAUAUAUAUAAUCUCUUGAAUGAUUUCAAAGGAAUUUGAAACUUCUUUACCUAGAACUCUGAAACAGAGCGAGCCCAUCCUGUAUAUAUGGUAUCUGACUUACAUGGCUUGUCCCCAUGGUUUUGUGAUCUGUAAAUAGCUGCUAAUGUGUACAGGAAUGAGAUCUUACCUCUCACUCAGUGUGUGUGUAAACAUGUUCCUGUAGAUUCCUGAGUGCUGUGUCAAAUAUUGAACUUCUGUUAGUCUCCUUAUCGUUGAUUAUAUUUGCAGGGUUCCUACACAUGUGGAAAGGACAGGAAAUGUCUAUGUCAAAAACAUAUUCGACCCGGUGUAUUUGUCAUUGAGCGUUAAAGUUUUUAACUCAAAUGUAAUAGUUUUGUAGAUUAAGGGGGAAGCAGAGAGUAUCCGCACAUUCUAACCAUCAUUCCUAAACUUUUAUUAGAAGGGACCAGGCAAUGUUUCAGUCCUUUUUUCCUUCUUAUGCUAGCUAACUAGCUAACAAUUGAUCUUUUGACUGAUUGACUAGCUAGUUAGCUAAUCUACAGUAAAGUAUCAGUGGUAAACUAGCGAGUUACAUCCAAUAGCUGUUAGCAAAUCGCUAAGUAAGUUGCUAAUUUACAUCAAUCAUUAGUUAGAUAGUCAGCUAGCAUUUCGCUUACAUUGGCUAACUUAAGAUGUGACUAUAUAUAUGUGGCUUUUAUCUUUAAACCAUCCUCGGUCCUUGGUAUUUGGUUUUCUUUUCAACAAGCUAGCGCCAGUGUUGGGAGUAAUGUAAUAUUAAGUAAUGCAGUACUGUAAUUCCACUACUUGGCAGUAGUUCUUGACUGAAUGAACAUAAUAGUAGAAACAACGUAGAUUGGUGCAUCCCUAAUUGAUAUUCUCUGCUUUCUCCUUUACUGAAGCUGCUAUCCUCGCCUGGCCUAAAUGCUGUCCUGGAUUGUGCACAACUACCUUUCUGUAUUUUGUAGAAAGCCAUGUUGCCCCAAGGCAUAGAUCAUAGGUUGAAUUACACACCCAGCAUGAUUGUUCAGUUCAGUGACAGAUGUUUGGCAGGGAAAUGGUGCAGGAACCCUGGAUGUAACUGUGGCCUCUCGCUGUCGUCUCUCAGGAAAGUCGCUCUCUGUGGCUCCUCUCUUCGGCCUGCUCCCACUCUCUCAGCCUCUCAGCUCUCCCAUGGCGGUGGAGGAGCACGCUAAACUGUACUUGACCUGCACACAUACACAUACAUGAGUGUCAAUAUGUAAAAAGAAAUAUCUACAGCAGAUACCAGGGAGUAUUAACACUGGAGAUCUUUAACUGUGUUGUAAAGACUGUUUUAUUUAAACCUACUGAGCUUGUGGAACAAAAUGAAGGGCAAUUUAUCGGUCAGAGGGAGUGAGGGAUUAGCAGAAAAGAUACAAAUACUCAUGUUUGCCUUUUUUUAAAUGUUAAAUAGCUUUGCUUUCCCUUCAUUAGUGCUGAGAGCUAUACAAAAACCGAGCAGGUUGUCUUGUUUUGGUCAUUCUCUCUCUGAUGAUGAAUGGGUAUUAUGAAGGAACUCUAGAACAAGUAACUACCUAGGUUAGCUAUCUUUGAUACAGACUGUUUUGAGACUACAUAUGAGUUCUGUACACAGAAGAGAACUUCUUUACCACUAUGUUUAGCAUGCAUGUGGAUAUACCACAGCUGAAAUUAAGGAAAUAAA